CAGGGAUAGUUUUGUUGCAGCACACAUGAAGAACUGUCAAAUUUCAGAAAAGUUUGCUGAAUACAUCGUGCUGCUCCAGUGAUGGCAGAUCUCAGUCCUCCUAAAACUCUGAACUUUAACGUCGGUGUCCUCGGCCAUGUGGACAGCGGGAAAACGUCUCUCGCCCGUGCGCUGAGCAGCACCGCAUCCACCGCAGCCUUCGACAAGAACCCGCAGUCCAAGGAACGAGGCAUCACACUGGAUCUUGGCUUUAGUGCGUUUACGGUGCCGUUACCGGAGCACCUGAAAGAGUCCUGCGGGGAAAGACAAUACGACAGUCUGCAGUUCACACUGGUGGACUGCCCGGGACAUGCCUCUCUCAUACGCACUAUUAUUGGGGGUGCUCAGAUCAUUGAUCUGAUGAUGUUGGUGGUUGACGUUGUGAAAGGUAUGCAGACACAAACAGCAGAGUGCCUUUUGAUUGGUCAGCUCACCUGCUCCCGUAUGAUCGUCAUCCUCAACAAAACAGACCUGUUGCCUAAUGACAAGAGACAGGCGGCUAUUGACAAAAUGACCAAGAGGAUGCACAAAACUCUUGAGAACACAAGAUUUAAAGGCUGCCCUAUUAUUGCUGUGGCAGCAAAGCCAGGUGGUCCUGAGGCCCCAGAAACAGACGAGCCACAAGGAAUAACUGAACUCAUAGAUUUAUUGAAGGCCCAAGCCUUCUUUCCUCGUAAAUAA